CUUAAAUUAAAUAUUCUUAUUUAGGUAUAUAUUAUUGAAUUAGAAUGUGAUAUUGAUUUAUGUAUCAAACGUAAUAUUCAUCAUAGAACAGCCCAUGAUAUUAAUGGCAUAAUGAGAUCUUGGGUAAAGACACCUUCUGAUCAAAUACUAUUGGAUAUACGGUCAUUGCUUCUUUCUCCUUCAGAAAGCGAGAUGGAAAUGGAAGAUGUCUCAGAUGUUGAGAUGGAAGUGGAUAAAGGCGAAGAGGCCAUUGACGACAGAAGUUCUGAAGAAAAUAGAAAUAUUGAAUUUGAAGAAGAGAAAAAGAUUAUUAUAAAAUAUUUGGGAUCCGACGAGUUCAAAGCUUGUCGUUGGGUGAACAAGAUAAUCUUGACUGACUUUCAAACGUCUCCAGCACCAUAACUUCAUACAAUUUACAUGCAUCACACUUGCUCUGGUGUAUGCAAUUUGAAGAGUCAACAGCCAUGACUGAAGUAUACCCAUCGGUGUCGUCUAAAUUAUGUUCCCAAUCAUAAUAAUAGUCUUAUUAUAAACCGUUAGCUUUAUUUUAUUUCUACUGUAAAAUUUUAAUUAUACUGACUUAGUCUGUAAAUCUGUUUAUUUCUUGCUUUCUGUUAUUAUCAUUUAAGUA